AUGGCCCCAUACCUCCGGAAAUUCCACAGCUAUACCACACCGAGUGAAGCGACUGCCGAACUUCUCGAUACAGCUCGGUACAUGAGAGAUGGCAAGCAUGGAUCCAAAGUACCAGCCCCGGUGUCUCUGCCAGAUGUGUUGGGCCUGGGGGGGGGGGGGGGAGACAUUUGCGCAGCUGGUUGGCAGACCAACGCGGAUCCAAUUGAUGGUCGUAAGCUGGGCGCUUUUACCUCGCCGUUGACCAUUGAUAGCAAAAGUGGUAAACGAGGAUACGCAGCAGCAUAUUAUUCUUCCAAAGUCGAAGCGCGACCGAGCCUGAAGUUGCCUGCGGAGACUAUGGUCGAGCGAAUUCUCUUGGAACACGAAAAUGAAGAGACUCUUGUAACUGGUGUACAGAUCCAAACGCCCAGCGGUAUAUGUCACAUUAGAGCAAACAAAGAAUGCAUAUUUGUUCAAAAAGCACAUGACAUUUCGAUGGUUAUCAACAACUCAGGUGUGGGUGAGAACUUACAGGACCACGGUCUUGCCACAAUUAACUUCGAGGUCGCCGACGGCCAAGUUUCCGGAGAUAUCAUGCGCGAUCCUAAUGUUGUCCAAGCGGCGGGCAAGAUAUAUGAGGAAACCCGCAGCAGACCGUUGGCAGGAAUGCUUCUUAGCAUGGCAUAUCUCCCACUUGUCAAUGGUAGUGGCGCUGUUCCAAGGGAGGAGAUUGGGUCUCUGUCGUCCAAAUAG